GCACACUCAUAACACCAUAUUAUCAUACUACCAGGAAAUGCGAACAGUAGACAUCCGUGGCACUUUUAUACCGCCAUUUUUUGAAUUUUUUUACUCAUUAAAAAAACACACAAAAAGGGCACUUUUUAAUACGAGGCAAAAGGGGCAGGGGCUCAAGCGCCCCUUGGGCCCUAUGUAUGCAUGUGCCUGGCUUUAAGCAUCCACCUGGCCAGAUUGAAAGCAAAGCUGAGAGGCAACCUUGGGAGUAAAUGCACUAAUUUACUCUCCCUCUCAGGCAUAAUGCAACAACAUGUGUUGAAGCACGUAAAUGUAAUUGCAUGUAAAAGAGAAAUAGUGUUGAAAAUGCAUUUGACUUAAUUUCACUUCAUAUGUCUUAUUUGUCUUAUGAAAUAACAGUUCAUAUUUAUGUAUUUCCCUCGGUUUCAUUCUCAGUUGUCUGUAAUCCAUUGCUCUGGCCUUCUGGGUAACUGUUUCUCUGGACUUCUCAGUUACUUGUUCAUUACACUUUGGAUUUGAAGCCAGCAACAUUGUGGCCGCUUCAUUCCUUUCUGUUUUUCCCCUUACAGGUCUUCCAUACAUUGCUGAGCUUGAGGACUGGACAGUCUGCAUUUAUUUGUGGCUCUUCAGUAGUGAGUGUGCUGCAGAGGAAACAACAAGAAUAACCUGUCAAGCAAUAUGGCUACAUCGGCAGUGCUUCGCAUCAUCCUUGGAGAAAAUGACUCUUCCAUAAUAAGCCUGCCUUCAGGAAUACCAGACUCUGUUGAGGAACUAAAAAGUGAGAUAAAGAGACAAUGUGAGGUGUCAGGAGACUUCAGACUGCAAUACAAGGACAUUGACUUUGAUGAAUUCAUAAACCUGAAGUCCACCUCAGCUACACUCAAAGUGAUUGACCUCCCAAGUGCUUUGUCUCUAACUAGCCCUUGCCUGUCUUCAGUGGAACCCAGUCUGGAUGAAAGUGCUUCCAUUUCAUCUGUGGACACUGACAUUCUCUCAUCUUCAAGCUCAUCAUCAUCGUCCCUCAGAUGUGAGCCAUGGCCAGACGUCUUCCCUGAGUUCAUCUAUGAUGUGGAGCUCCAACUCCAACGUGCUAAUACUGACUUUCAAAAUAAUGGCAUCCUCUUCAGUCCAAGUCCAAGAAUGAAGUCAGACAUUCUUGAAAGUUUGGCAUCCCAGAUAAUCAAAUAUAAAGCUUAUCCGUGCAAUGCUGAAUUUGAUGCAGUAGCUGAAGCACUUGUGAAGAAACACCCAUGUUUAAAGGAGCAAGGUUCUGUUUCUGGCUUUUAUGGCUGGAAAAUAAGCUUGAAAUAUAAAAUGGCAAACUACCGCACAAAGCUGCGCAAUAUCGGAUGCUCCGAGCUGAAUGUGAAUUCCUUCAAGCGUAAACAAGGUGAUCCACGCACAUCUCCAAAUCAAGUGAAGAAAGCUAGAAGAGCAGAAGUGAACUAUUGUCCAGAUUAUCCAACAGGACAAUCCCAAGAGAGCCUUGAAGAAGAGAGACUGGCACUAUUGUCUGAAGUGAGAAAGAGCAACAACCAACAGGUGGUUAAGGAGAAAAUGGAAAAGACAUUUGCUUACAGGCGGCAUGAAGUGAUUGAAGAAAAGUCUUUCCUUGCUGAAUUCAAAAGAAGGUGGCCAGCUCUUUUCUCUGAGCAUGAGGUAGAAGCUGAGUUUACUCGCAUCACCACUGUACCACUGAGAUCGAAAUUGAUGCAACAGCUGGAUCAUCAUUCCACACAGCUGAUGACAAUCUUCAAAAGAAAAGGAGGAGCAGCUGGGCAGAAAAUAAGGAAUAUCAUGGCAGACUUGGAUAAGAAUGAAGCUGUUGAAACAAGAAGAGCCUGUGUACUGAAAGCACUAAUGGUUUACCUCAAUGAAGACCCUGAAAAUCUCUUAAGAGAGUACAUGGAUGUUGAAGACAACCAGGAGGCUAUGGACCAGACAGUCCUGGGAAUCUUUACCAUAAAGAUGGAAGGUGCAGAGUCUACAGAUGGCCUGGCAGAUGUUGGAAUAAUCAUUGAAGGUGUGGAAGUGCUCCAUGACCUUGAUAACAUUGCAAAUGCAGUCGCUGUUUUGUUUGGCCUCAUGUACUCACUGGAUCUGAGCUAUCCCACAAACCUGAAGUACACAUUUGAGGUUCUCCAGAAACUUGUGAUGGAACUAGAUGGCAACAAACUCUCAACAAAGGCUCAAGUGCUAAAGAACAAACUAUUUGAAGGAACAUUUUAGACAAGUGUUGUGCUCCUGAGCAGCACAGAGGAAACUUGGAGGACAGAUCCCAUCCCAAACUAUCUGGCAGAAAACUGAUUUUUGGAUCUGCAUGUUGAACUGUGAACAGUGAAGAGUGGAUUAGAUGCACUAAAUGUUUAACAGAGUUAAGAAAAUGUUUACAGAAAGAUGAGACAAUAACAAACUCAACACAAACACAUAUGAGAAGUUUGAAUUCAUGUCAGUUGCAGAAGUGGAGAUCAACAAUGUGAAAUGGAGAGUGAUUGAAAGUUGGACUACUUUGUUUUACUUUUUUUUUCCCUUUUGUGGUUUAAUUUUGGAAAACACUGCAGUGAUUUGUUUUCUUUUAACCCCUACAAUGCUGAAGUGGCAGGGAGGAAAAGAUUAUUUUGAAGUAUUUUUACUUGACAUGUGUUCACCGUAUUCAUGUAGAUGGUUCAUCUUUAAAAAAUCAGUAUCUAACGUUUCAUUGUACAGUGUUCAGUAAUUGUGAGGGGAGUGCUCAGCCAUGUUCAUUCUGCCUGCUUCUUAAAAAAUAUAGCUUUAAGGUUUGGUCUGGUUUUGUAGGUCCUGUAAAAGAUUUUUAUUUUUAUUGGGCAUUUUAUACAAAUUUAACUGUAAACAAAAUUGAGGAUUUUAUAGCAUUAAAAAACAUUUUUAUUUAGAAAUGGGGAAAUAAAAGCUAUACAUGUUGAUAAAUUAUUUGUUUGAUAUGCAGGAGCAAUAUAUAUAUAUAACAUAUGCAAAUUCAAAGUUUGUGGUUUUAAAUUUGUUUGUUUUGUUUGUGAUGGUUGUAGUUUUCCAUUGGUAAUAAAUAAUAUUUUUCACAGAACUAAGGUAUUGUAAAUUUGAAUUUACUUAACUACAUCGUGUGGAAAUUGUUGACAUAGCUAGGUUUAGUAAGUGCAACAUUAUUCACUAGCUUGAUAACAAUGAAAAUUAUGUAAGUACUGAUUAUUCUUGUCAGUUAUGUUGGAACAAGGAGUUGUUCAAUUAGUGUUACACAAUGCCGCUGAAGUACAUUUACAUUAGUGAGUUAGGUCAGUGUAAUGAAUGCCUGCUAAGUUGGCUGAACACUUCUUGAUCAGUUAAGGUGAACUUGACCAGAUAAUAUUGAAAUUACUUAAUACAGUCCUGUUGGUUUCACAUAAGCGCAUUAUUUCCUCUGUAAUAGCAGUAUUAAAUUGAU